GCAGCAGAGCAGCACGUACACUGCUCAAGCUGGCACGUCCAGUACACUGUACAGCCGGUAGUUGGCGGCUGCGUACAGCUGUAUAUGGGCCCAUGCAUGUCAUUCCUAUGUCAUUAUAACAACGUGCAUAUCAUUGCUGCCUUCCUCCGAUGUCUCCCCCGGCUCUGUCGGCCAGUUGAAAAAAAACUUUUGGAGCAGAGAUAUAUACUGAACGAUAUCAAUCUCCUCAUCGCAGCCCUCCCUGGCAAGCUCGUGCCACUGUCCGUAACCUUUUGCCUUCUCUCUGUCCUCUGCUCUUUCUGCCGCGUAAAGUUCUAUUGGUCAUGGGGCCAGCUACCAGGUCGAAGCGCGCCAAUGAGCCAAAUAAGGAGCAGCCGGACUCCCUUGGCAUGCUCAUGCGAGAUGAGAAGCGGCGGGCAGGUGCGCGCACGCACGGGGACAUCUGGCAGGAGCACCGGAAGCCCUCUUCGAAAGCGGACACGACAAGCAAGAAACGAAAGAAGAGUGCUGAGAAGAAGGCAGCAGAGGAGACGGGCGAGGAUGACGCCUUCAAAGUUCUGCAAGCAGAGCAGAAAACGAAGACGACAAAGAGGAAAAGCGGAGAGCCUUUCGAGGAAAAGAAAGAACCAGCAAAGAAGGCGCCAAAGCGAAAAAGCGAAGAGCCUUCGAAGGAGAAAGAAGAGCCACGAAAGCGGGCGCGGAAGGAUACAGAGACGAAGGACGAACCGCAGGAGAGAGACACCAAGUCUGCCGAAGAGCCCGGUGCAAAGGCGGCUCCCGACAGCGGGGACGCCAGUGGGCAGCAGGGCGGCGGUGGGGCGGUGAGCGGGGUGGUCACCAUCAACCGGGCCCCGACCCUGACGCUCUGGGUUGCGACGGUGGCGGAGAGGCAGGGGUACAAGGCCGAGGAGGCCCUUACGUUCGGCAAGUACGUCUCGGGGGUGUUUGCGCAAUCAAAAGGCAAGUCGAUCGGCGUGAUCGAGGCCGACCCCGAGAAGGAGGCGCAGGUCAAGGAGGCGAAGCGGGAGCAGCGGCGCGGGCUGGACAAAGUGCCGGUGUUCGGGAUGAAUAUCACCGUCAAGAAGACGCCCGAGGGCCAGGUGCGCGCGCUGGAGGCGGGCGGGAAGCCCAUCGAGCCGCGCACGGUCAAGGCGUACCUGCACCGCGCGUUCAAGGACAGGCUGGACGACGCGCAGAAAGCCAUGGAGGCUCUGGCCGCGGCGUACCCCGCAGAGGAGGUUGGGAAGAAGGCGUACCACUUGUACGAGCGGUUCCGACCGACGGUACCGCAAGGCAAAAAGGGGUGGGGAGGGAAAGGCGAGCUAGACCUGGAUCUAAUCUCAAACAAGAUGGUGCAGGAAAGCUCAGCGAGAGGCUGAGAGCACUUUACGGUAAAGGAGUGUUGUACAUUGGUGUACAUACUGUAUAUGACGGCCGUCUAGGUUACAAUUUGUACAUUGAAUCUGGAUUUACGUUGAGUUGCAUUCAAGUUUUCCUAAUGAAAGCCGCAGAGAAGUGAAGUCCGUUGUGCUACUGAGACUUGUCUCAACAAGAUUGCGGGUAUAACGAUCAGCCUGCGGGCCUGGCUUACGUC